AAUAAAUUUGAGGUGCGCACAAUUUGCAGAGCAAGGAGUGAAGCCCAGAAGUGAUUGUGUGAUAAUUUCUUAGCCAGCUAGCUACUCACACUCCACACACGUGUAGUACCGUCUGGCUAAAAAUUAGGGUAUCUUUGACACAAUGCCGAAUAUAAAGAUAUUUGGAGGGAGCUCUCACUCAGAACUUUCCAGACUUGUCGCUGAACGUCUAAAUAUGGAACUCGCUCGGUGUAAACUUCGAAAAUUUUCAAAUAAAGAAACCAGUGUGGAGAUUGGUGAAUCUGUACGUGGAGAAGAUGUAUAUAUCAUACAAAGUGGAUGUGGUGAUAUUAACGAUAAUCUAAUGGAAUUACUUAUCAUGAUAAAUGCAUGUAAAAUUGCUUCUGCUGCACGAGUCACUGCCGUCAUUCCAUGUUUUCCAUAUGCAAGACAAGACAAAAAAGAUAAGAGUAGAGCACCAAUCUCUGCAAAACUUGUGGCAAACAUGCUCUCAGUUGCUGGAGCAGAUCACAUAAUCACAAUGGACCUUCAUGCUUCGCAAAUUCAGGGUUUUUUCGACAUUCCAGUGGAUAAUCUUUUUGCUGAGCCAGCAGUAUUAAAAUACAUCCGAGAAAACUUACCCAAUUGGCAACAAUGUGUUGUGGUAUCUCCUGAUGCUGGUGGUGCAAAGAGAGUAACAUCGAUUGCUGAUCAACUAAAUGUUGAAUUCGCUCUCAUACAUAAAGAGAGGAAGAAAGCGAAUGAAGUUGAUAGCAUGGUUUUAGUUGGUAACGUAAAAGAUAAAGUGGCUGUGCUUGUUGAUGACAUGGCUGAUACCUGUGGUACGAUGAAGUUGGCUGUUCAAAAGUUACUGGAAGCAGGUGCUACGCAAGUUUACUGUAUUUUUACGCACGGUAUUUUUUCUGGACCAGCUGUGACUAGGUUAAUGGACGCUGGAAUGGAAGCCGCUGUAGUAACGAAUACCAUACCUCAAGAGGAGAAAAUGGCUGUAUGUCCUAAGAUCAGGAUCAUAGAUAUAUCACCUAUUCUGGCAGAAGCAAUUCGACGAACGCAUAACGGAGAAUCGGUAUCGUAUUUAUUUUGCAACGUUCCGCUCUAAUGAUCGCUGUUGAAAUUGGCAUGCAUUUGGAGAGUUUUAUCUCCCUAAUAUUGUGCAACAACUUGCACCGUCUUUAUACUAUGACGAUUUUUAGUCGUGAAGUUAUUUUAACAAUGCUUUGCUUGAAAAAGGUAAAUUUAUUUUACUAUCUUGCAUCUUUUCUUUUAUAAGGAUCACCGUCUGCUACUUAAAAGUAAGCACACAAAAGUAAGUGUCUAAACAUAGGAGUAUUAAGAAAAAAAAUUUUUUUGUGAGCCGUUUGACUUUACAACCUAAAGUUUGAAAUAAAACCCUGACGGCUUGGCUGCAUCUUAGUAUUUUAUUGAAGCAAAAAUGAGAAUAUUUCUGUUGGUGUUUAGUUCCAAAGUAUUUUUAUAAUAUAUUUCAAGAUAUAAAAACCUAUGAUUCAGUCGUGUUCUUGCUAUUUUUCUUUUUUUCAAAUUUAGUUCUUUUUACCGUCUGUUGAACAAAAAGUAGCGUAGCUAAACUCUUAUAUGCAAUUAAAAAAAACGGAAAAAAAUAAGCCUAGAUUUGAAAGACAUCUUUAUGUGUGUUCAUUUUUUUUUUGCGUAACCGUGUUACAAAAUAUUUUAUCUUUCUGAUUUCUACAUCUGUUUUCCAUCUUUCUGAUUUUAGAAUCGGUUUUUCCAUCUUAACUGUCGUCGUUAAAACUUUGUGGACACGCUUUUUUAUCACACGUUACUAUCUCUAUAUUUCUUAUUUUGUAGGAGGCGUUGUGAGAAUUUUUUUCAGUCUUUGUGCUGUGUAAUGUGAUAAAUUACGAUUUUAAUAUUUUUCUAACUUUUUUGUUUUGGAUUUAGUAUGUUAAUGUAGUGAUAGCUAAUCACACUAAAAUGUAACUUAUUAUUAUCGGUUUGAAUUGUAUUAGACUGCUGGCUGUGUACCCAUUAAUAAGGGUGUGGUGUACCACUAAAAUUUAACGUGGUAAAGUUCGGCAUGAAAUUUGGAAUGUAAGCUUAAAGAAAAUGAACGAAAUGUUGGACAAA